ACAGUCUGUCCAGGGCUAGCACUGGGUUGAAAAAAGUUUGAGCCAAAUUUUUACGCCGUGGAUUGAAGAGGCUCGCACGACCAUUCGCGUGUCCACGAGAGGGCUUUGGUGGGGUUCACAGGGGGCAAAGCUUUUGGGCUUUAAGGCCUUAUGAGGAUAGUUAACAUGCAAAAACAAUAGGAUAUGCUUUACACUUUCAACAUUGUGGUUACCAGUCACAGUAGACACGGUGGCCGCUAUCAUCGUCACUAAUAGAGAUGUCUGUUCUGUCAUACUGCCUGGUCAGGUCAACAAAGAUCAGCCGUGUGAUAAGUGCGUCCAUAGGAAAGAGAAGCAGUCCAUUUUUAAUAUGGAAGAAAGAAUUAGCAGCUUUAGGAUCAACUCAUAUUGACAGGCAUGGAGUUUUCACAGUUCCAAAGCGAACUUUGAUCAAAAAGAGACAGUUAAUCGGCAGCUCAGGGAGUUCCCACAUGAAGCCUGAUUAUAAAAAGGACAAAAUAGGACCAGAAUUUGAAUUUAUCUACUGUAGUAGUAAUAUACAACUUUAUUUUUGGUGGACACCCAUGAUUUUUAUACUAAUUAUCUCAGUUUUAGCAUUGUGCGGGAAAAUUGUUGUUGAUAAGUUCUGGUACAGAAAAGAAUUAGAAAAUGUUGAAGUCACUCGGAUUAAGUGGAUUGACACCAUAGACCCAAUGGACUCGGCUAUCACUGCAUCACUUUUAAUGUUGGGGAUUCUGAUUAGUGUUCUUCGCUAUCUUGGAACAGUAAUUGUGCGACUGUAUUAUAAUAAGUCAACCAAUGAGUUUGUAGCGGUAAUGUUAAAGUACGGAGUAUAUCGAAAGAAAGUGUAUUUCAAACCGAGUGAUGUAGUAAGGAUAGAAAAGCGUCAGUUGAAGGGCAAUGUGAAGAUCAAGGGGAUACCUGUAACUGUUUCGGAACAAAACUUCACCAGUACCCCUGCCUAUAAUUUAUUCAUGGGUUACAGUGCAUCAAGGCCAAGUGUACUUAAAGACCAACUAGAUAAAGAAGACCUUGCCAAAACAUUGGAAACUAUUAAGGAAGUGAUGGAAAAGCAGCGUAAAGAGGAAUUUUUAGAAAAAUAUAAGGAAAAAAGAAAACAAAGACAGCGGAAAAAUAGAUGAUUUUUUUUUUAAGUACAUGUUUUGCUUUUAUUGAGUAGGAUAUAUAGUCUGGCUUGUGUUGGGACUGUACACAGAGGUCAGUAUCAAACACUUUGGGAGGAAAUAUACCCUCAUCAAUACUUGCUGUAGAUACCACCUGUAUCAAGCAGCCCAUCGCUUCCUUUAAUCAGUCAGUCGGCUGAUUUCCCAAAUUGACACUUUGUUCUAAUUAUUAGCUGACUUCAGCAGCCAUCUGCCUUAAACUACACUGUUUCUCUCCCUUAGUUGAUGGCUUAAUACAGAUUUGAAUGUUAUAAUGUACAAUGUAUGUUGUUUUCCUCCAAAAGAGUUUGAUAUGGACCUUCUGUAGCAGUAUGAGGGUGAGCCUGAGAUGAAAAGAGUUUAAAUUUAGUGAAUGUUAAAGUUUUGAACAAAGAACAAAUGAUUUCUUAUUUAACUGAAAUGCUUGAUUUUUAGCUUGACUAUUUGAUUUUUUUUUUUCAAAUAGUAUUUAAGUAAGGCUUUUGUAAUCGCCCUUUCAUCUGUGUCACAAAAGUUAAGGUUAAAGUUUUGCAUGUAAGUAGGUUUCUCAGAAAUUACUUGGUCAAAUGCUUUCAAACUUAAAACUUGUCUUUGGCGUCAUGAGAUGACCUCAUGUGGCAAGUUACAUUAUUACAGCAUUUAUUUUGUCAAAAUUAUGCCUCUUUUCAACAUAGAACAUUUGUGACAGUUUUGCAUGUAAGCAUGUUUCGCAGGAUUCCUGUGGCAGGAAUAACUUAAGCAAAUGUUUUUAUGAUUCUCCACACAUCUUUAGCAUCAUGGGUUGAUCUUACAUGGCAAGUUUCAUAACUAGUCAAUACUGAAUAGACUUGUUUUGUUGGACAGUGUCUAAAGAAUACUUAUAAAUUCUCCCUGAACAAAAUCACCACUUUAGAUUUAUUUCAGAUAAUAAUUUUCAAUUCAUUGCAUAUAGAAUCAAUAUCAAAGAGGGGAUUUUCUUGCAUACCAGAUGGGGAUUUCCGGUAUUUUUACCGGUGCUGGAAAAAUGCUUCUUGCACACCAGACUGGCGUUUCCAGUGAUUUUACCCAUGUCGGCAAAGCCCAUCUGGCACCCCCUAUGCCAGAUGACUCUCGUGCUGUUAAUGACAACUAGUGGUUGAUGCACUGAUAAUAUAUCAUUUAUGUAAAAAUACGAAACAAAGGAGGCACCUUGAUAGUUUCUCUCCGUACCUUAUAGUAUAUUUCUCGAUUCAAAAUACGUUGGUUUACCAUAAGAAUAUAACGUUACGCUACAAACGAUAAAACUAAAGUGGAACUUUGUUAUUGUGCGCAACGCAAAACCUCAUGACGUUAUUUCUGCUUACGGACGUUAAUUUCCCGUGCUUUGUGUUCACUCUCUACUAUAAGAAAGAGUGCUACAUUAGUAUUUCUACCUGUUAUUUGAAAAAAUACGGUAUGCAAGAAAAAUAAUCUGCCAGAAUUAAAUGCUAACAUGUAUUCGAUAUGCAAGAAAAAAUAUCAGUCAUGUGUUUACGAAUCGGAUAGAAAUAUCCGCCCCUCGGCCACCUGCGCAUGGGCGGUAAUUCGGCAAGCCUCAUUACUGCCCAAUGUGCAGGUGCCCUUGGGACGGCUAUUUCUAUCCGAUUCUUAAACACAUGACAGAUAUUUAUUAGCUCACCUGUCACAUAGUGACAAGGUGAGCUAUUGUGAUCAGCCUUCGUCCGUCGUCUGUGCGUGCGUCCGUCAACAAUUUCUUGUCUGGGUGAUAGUGGUUUCAUUUAUGAUUUUAUUUUAACCAACUUUGCACACAACUUGUAUCACCAUAAGAUCUCGGUUCCUUUCUUGAACUGGCGAGAUCCCAUUAUGGAUUCCAGAGUUAUGGUCCCUGAAAGGGCCAAAAUUAGCUAUUUUGACCUUGUCUGCACAAUAGCAGCUUUAUUUAUGAUUUGAUUUUAACCAAACUUGCACACAACUUGUAUCACCAUAAGAUCUUGGUUCCUUUUUUGAACUGGCCAGAUUCCUUUAUGGGUUUCAGAGUUAUGGCCCCUGAUAGGGCCAGAAUUAGCUAUUUUGACCUUGUCUGCACUAUAGCAACUUCAUUUAUGAUUUUAUUUUAGCCAAACUUGCACACAACUUGUAUCACCAUAAGAUCUUGGUUCCUUUCUUGAACUGGCGAGAUUCCAUUAUGGGUUCCAGAGUUAUGGCCCCUGAUACGGCCAGAAUUAGCUAUUUUGACCUUGUCUGCACAACAGCAGCUUCAUUUAUGAUUUGAAUUUAAUCAAACUUGCACAAAACUUGUGUCACCAUAAGAUCUCGGUUCCUUACUUGAACCGGCCAGAUCCCUCAAUGGGUUCCAGAGUUAUGGCCCCUGAAAGGGCCAAAAUUAGGUAUUUUGACCUUGUCUGCACAAUAGCAGCUUCAUUUAUGAUUUGAUUUUAACCAAACUUACACACAAGAUCACCACAAGAUCUUACUUCCUUUCUUGAACUGGCGAGAUUCCAUUAUGGGUUCCAGAGUUAUGGCCCCUUAAAGGUCCAAAAUUGGCUAUUUUGGCUUUUGCAGCCAUAUAGAGACUUCAUUUAUGGUUUAAAUUUGAUACAAAUUUCCAAAAUAUCUUCAACAACAAUAAAUCUUGGAUUCCAUGACAAAUCAGAUCCAAUCAUAGGUUCCAGAGUUAUUUUAUAUCUGAUUACCUCCCCUGAUUGUAAUCAAAAUGGAUUUAUAUCAGUAAGUACUUAUAGGACUUAUUUGAAAUUUCAUUAUUUUUAUUAGUUGGACUGAGACAAUCAGCAUAGAUAACUAUGGACUGGUUUUAUGUCAAAUUACCUCCCUUUAUUUCAAAUUAAAAUUGGUAUAUCUCCAUAACUAAUGAAGAUACUGAUCUGAAAUUUCAUUUAUGUCAACAGAUUUAUUUGGCAGAUCCUUCUUUUGUUCACUUACAAUAUUUUUUUUUUAAUUACUUCCCUUUUACGUUACUAUAAAUAGCUUAUUUUUAGUAACUUUUUUAUUAUUGGCCAUAGGGAAAAACCGAGACCACUUUUUUGUGGUACAACAUGGAUGGUACCUCCAAUUUUUAGGUGUAUUUUGACAUAUCUAUACCUUGUAAUAAUUUUUUUUUCUUUUUGGUUAAAUUUCUUCCCUUUGUUGUUUCUGUUCUUUCGACUUAGAUAUUUUUUCUGAGGACCUUCUUUCCUCAAGUGCAAUGAUUACAGGUGAGCGAUAUAGGGCCAUCAUGGCCCUCUUGUUAAUCUUACACCCCAGGGUGUAAGAUGACUCUCAUGCUUUAAAUGACAUAUUAAGAACUACAUAUAUGUAGAAGAUUUAUGUAGUUAUUUAUAUUUAUGUUCCUGAUAGUAUAAAUUUUCUUGAUUCAAAACAGGUUAUUUUAUCAAAAAUUCAUAAUGUUACACUGCAACUGAUAAAACAAAACCGGAACUAAACAUUGUUAUUUGUUUUUGAAACGUCAUGACGUCUUUCCUGUUUACGGACGUUGCUUUCCCGUGCUUUGUUUAAAUACGCUGCUAUAAGAAAUAGUUCUAAAAAAAAAGCCAUUUGAUUGAUUUUAUUUUUAUUAUUAUUUCUUGAUAUCGGUAUGCAAGUAAAAGAUUCUGUCACUGAUUAUAGGUGCAGAUGGGAAUAUCCGGCUCUCGGGUAACUGUUUAGGCGGUAACAAGGCUCCAACCGUAACAGUUACCUUCGAGGCUGGAAAUUCCCAUCUGCACCUACAAACCAGUGAAAGAAUCUUAUAUGGUCUUACAUUUGUCUAGAGAUGUUGGAGAACGUUUGAUAGUUAAGCUUCAUUGGACCAGGUACACAAGAUCAGCAUCAGUGGCAGAUAUACUUAAGUCAUACUGUACAGAAUAUAUAUCCUAUUUGUUUUGAGUUUAGAAAAUAAAGAUAGAUUUUCA